GCUCGUUUAUGACGUGGCGCAGCCAUAUUUGUCAUAGACAGAAGCUCGUUCGUGAGAUACGUACUCGUACUGCAAAUUACCGUAUUUUUAAUCGUUCAUCAUCGAUUCUAUGUCGAGGUUUUAUCUAUAGGUAGUAUAUCCAAAAUGUGGAGAGGAAUCUUACGGUUAUCCUGUGUACUUUCUGCCGUGUUCCUGACUGUAAAAGCAGAUGAACACACCCAUACAUACACAACGAAAGAGGAAGUAGUGUUAUGGAUGAACACCGUGGGUCCGUACCACAACAGACAGGAGACCUACGGCUUCUUCUCCUUGCCAUUCUGCCGCGGGCCUAAAAAAGACAUCAGCCAUUACCACGAGACUUUGGGAGAAGCCCUGCAAGGAACCGAGCUCGAAUUCAGCGGGCUGGACAUAGAUUUUGCAACCAACGUGCCACAGACCAAGUACUGUGAGGUGGAGCUGACAGAAGAUUCGCACAAAGCCUUUGUCUACGCUGUAAAGAACCACUACUGGUAUCAGAUGUACAUUGACGACCUGCCAAUCUGGGGUAUCGUCGGUGAAUCGGAGGAGGCCUCUGAGAAGGUUUCUGACUACUACAUCUGGACGCACAAAAAGCUGGACAUUGGCUACAACCUCAACCAGAUAGUGGACGUGAACCUGACCAGCGAGACCAAGGUCAAACUAGAGAAAGGAGUCAAAGUACCUUUCUCCUACGAGGUCAAUUGGAAGAAAUCGUCAGUGAACUUCAAGAAGCGCUUUGAUAAAUACCUGGACCCCAAUUUCUUCAACCACAGGAUUCAUUGGUUCUCAAUUUUCAAUUCCUUCAUGAUGGUCAUCUUCCUCGUGGGUCUUGUCUCCAUGAUUCUUAUGAGGACACUGCGCAAGGACUAUGCCAGAUACAGCAAAGACGACGACCUUGAUGACAUGGAGCGUGAUCUCGGUGAUGAGUAUGGCUGGAAACAAGUUCACGGUGAUGUCUUCAGGCCCGCUUCCCACCCCAUGGUGUUCUCGGCUCUGAUCGGAAGCGGUUAUCACCUGGCCACCGUAGCUCUCGCAGUCAUCGUCCUGACGCUCUGGGGCCAUCUAUAUACAGAUCGAGGGUCCAUCCUGAGCACCAGCAUCUUUGUCUAUGCUGCAUCUGCUCCAGUCAAUGGCUACUUUGGCGGCGGCCUCUACUCAAGGAUGGGAGGCAAAGUGUGGAUCAAGCAGAUGCUGCUGAGUGCCUUCCUGUUGCCUUUCCUCGUCUGUGGCACGGCUUUCUUCAUCAACUUCAUCGCCAUCUACUACCAUGCGUCCAGAGCCAUACCCUUUGGGACCAUGGUGGCAGUGACGUGUAUCUGCCUGUUUGUCAUCCUUCCUCUCACCCUAGUCGGUACCAUAGUCGGCAGGGCUUUGGCCGGCCAGCCCAACUUCCCCUGUCGGGUGAACGCCGUACCGAGGCCCAUCCCCGAGAAGAAGUGGUUCAUGGAGCCGGCGGUGAUCGUCAUGCUUGGAGGGGUGCUACCAUUUGGCUCCAUCUUCAUCGAAAUGUAUUUUAUCUUCACCUCCUUCUGGGCCUACAAGAUCUACUACGUCUUUGGCUUCAUGCUACUCGUCUUCUUCAUCUUGGCGGUGGUCACAAUAUGCGUCACCAUCGUCUGCACAUACUUCCUCCUGAACGCGGAGGACUACCGCUGGCAGUGGACGAGUUUCCUCGCGGCGGCAUCCACGGCGCUAUACGUCUAUUUCUACUCCUUCUACUACUUCUUGUUUAAAACAAAAAUGUAUGGCUUAUUUCAGACAACGUUCUAUUUCGGCUACAUGGCCCUGUUCAGUAUAGCCCUGGGCAUCAUGUGUGGCACUCUCGGAUAUGUCGGGACCAGCACGUUCGUCCGGAAGAUUUACUCCACCGUGAAGAUCGACUGAGGCCAGGGACCUUUUUUUUGUCAGUUUGAAAGCGACACAGACACUGCAAAGCUAUGAUUUGAUUAGAAUUUUCCCCAGAACCUCGUGCCUACAUAACUCACCUGUCUCAAUACGCACCUGCAAUGCCAUAUUCUGCUCUGUAUAGUUUUCGCACCUGUGCUUUUUUGUAGGUGUUGUAUGCAGUACGUAUUGGUUGUCCACUUACGCCAAUUUAUGCUUAAUCAACAAGGAUUGUAGGUAACUCACAUGGUAGGGAGCGACUGAGGGUUAACCUAGCCCCCCUAGGGACCAUUGAAAUCAUGCAUAUGCUUGUUGGAUUCAGAAUGGUUAGGGUUAAGUACCAGUUUUACUCAACUUACGCUGGAGCAGAUCAAAGCGAUUUUCUUCAACCAAACCAGUUAAUUGGUGGUAAUUGGGUUUAGCAGGUUUUGAGAUCUCCACAGGCCUUAAGAGCGAUUUGUCCCGUUAAAUAGCUAAUGAGAUAGGAAGUGUUGUAACAUGAAUCCUACCUUCAGGAAGCCUUUUGUUUUUAAAGUGAAUCUCAUUUGUAUUUUUUAAUGUUGCAUUGACUCAAAUGAAGUGAAGAAGACAAAUGUAAUUGUAGUCAUGAGUACGGCAUCGUUGCAUUGCCCCCAGAGCAAAAGCACAUCAGUCUAAAAAGCCGAGAACCUUCCAUAUACCGAUGGUGUACAUUCCCAACAAAUUCAGAUUUGAAGU